AUGCCGACUGCACUGUUACCCCCGGGAGACGGCCGCACUCGGAUGGAACCCGUCCUUCGCCGAAAACGACACAAAUCGUCCAGGAGGAAGCGCUACCCUCAGACAAGUAAUGCGACGCCGCCGCCUAUUCGCGCCGAGCACCCUCAAGUAACCGGCACCACGACCACAAAUCUACAAGUCGUCCCUCGCUCCAGAGAAUACAUCAAGCUUUCUGAGAGACCGUACAACAAAUUGCUACGCCUACGCGGCUUUCCCGAUGAGAGCACCACCACGCGGAGGCUCCGCGUCAGGGCCUUGAAUCCGAAGGCCCUCUGGGACAUGGGCCGCACCGAUCGCCUCUUGCUCCUGAAGAAGCUUGAGGAGAUGCCCGCCGUCAUCCGCUUCGACGUCGGCGGCGAGAUGCUCACCGAUAAAAACGGCGACACGGCCAACCUGGCCACCGUCUUGAUCCUUUCGGUCGCCCGGCGAGGCGGAGAGCACAGCGAGCUGGUGGGCGAGCUAAUCGGCCUGUCGGGCCCGGGCACCGUCCAGAAGAUCAAGAAGUACAUGCGGCCGUCGCUGGCGCGCCUAGGCAUGAUUGUCCCCCUGGCGCACGCAACGGCCCGCCACAUCACCCAGCCGCGCAAGCACAACGGCGGCCUGAUCGGCUCGGAGAGGGUCUUUCGGGACGUGCCCCACAUCAUCGCCACCUGUCUCGACCGUCUGGACAAGAAAAAGGUCAAAUGGCUGCAAAGCAGCAUCCUGCGCCUCGUGACUGAGUGGGGAGAGGACGACCACGACAGGGGAAUCCGGGUCGGCUUGGUGCUAGUUGGAAUCAAGGUCUGGCUCCACAGGGCUAUCGAGGGCGGCCACUUCGGACGUGCCGUCCUGCUCGCCAAGGUCGUGUUCGGCGGGCUCUCGGGCGUCCCGGGCUUCGGAUGGGUCUUCUCGACCACGCUGCCGUUUGUGGAGACGACGAUCAUGCAUCGACAGAAGACGAGAAGGCAGAAGUUUGAGGCCGUGUGGGACCAGAUAUUGGGUACGGUGCGGGUGGCGAUCGACGACCUUCCCGGGCGCCGGACUGCUGAGGGCGAAGGACGUUACAGGGAGUACGAGACUUAUCUGCGGAGGGUGCUGGAUUACCAACUGCCCUUAUAA